CUGAUAGUGAUCUGUAUGUUGUUGUUGUACGUAGACAAUGCUGGAACCAACAAGGCGGCUUCAAGCGGCACCUCCUUGAACACGAAGAGGCUUGAUGAUGACACUGAGAACUUAGCUCAUGAACGUGUGCCUACUGAGUUGAAGAAAGCCAUCAUGCAAGCCCGAGGGGAGAAGAAGCUGACCCAGUCCCAACUCGCUCAGCUGAUCAACGAGAAGCCGCAAGUGAUCCAAGAGUAUGAGUCAGGGAAAGCAAUUCCGAAUCAGCAGAUCCUUUCUAAGCUGGAUAGGGCACUUGGACCUAAACUCCGUGGGAAGAAGUAAUGACAAAAGCUCUUUAAAGGU